CGCAAACCAACUGGCUGAUCCUCGACGGCGCCCACCACGAGCAGGAUUUCAAGCGCUACCUGUUCCACCACCAGAUCCCAACCCAGGUAUGGUACAAGGCCAUGCCCGGCCUCACCACGUACGAUUUGGCCCGCAACACCCGCAUCCGCCAAGGGCUCACCGCAAACCUGACUGGCUCCGAGCUCCGAGCCUGGAUCGCUGAGAUAUGAGAAUGGCCGCCAACGACGACGCUGCCGACAUUCAGGCGAUAGCUGAUCGCGGCUUCAGUUCGCUCGCCGGCGCUUGCUACCUGCUGCUGCGCAUCCAAAAUCCCGCCCUAGCCAAACCCUGGCUGCGCUCCUUCGACAUCGCCUCGCUGGCGCAAGCCCGCACGCAGCGUCUGCCGCAAGUUUGCCAGAUCGCCUUCACCGCCGCCGGCCUGCGCGCGCUGGGCACCGAGGUCACCCCCGGAGCUGGCUUCGACCCGCAAUUCAUCGACGGCAUAGCCGGCGACGAACGCCGCUCGCAUCAGCUAGGAGACGAAGGCGCCAAUGCCCCCGCUCACUGGCACUGGGGCGUCGGCGAACAAGAGCCGCAUAUCCUGCUGGUCCUGCUUGCCGCAAACACCGCCAUCAACAGCCUGGCGAAAGAUACAUGCAGCGCUGCCGUGGCCGCCGGCUGCGCGGUCAUCAGCGCGAAUACCCCGACCACCACCACCACCCCCCUCGGCCGCGAACCUUUUGGCUUUGCCGACGGCGUCUCGCAGCCCGACUACGAUUGGGGCGGCACGCUCACCCCCGGCGGCGCCCGCGACCGCGAUUAUCGCAAUCUACUGGCCAUGGGCGAGUUGCUGCUCGGCUAUCCCAACGAAUACGGCUUCAUUGGCGAUUACCCUACCGCCGACGAGCUGGGCCGCAACGGCUCCUACCUGGUCUACCGCCAGCUAGCGCAGGAUGUCGCUGGCUUCUGGCAAUGGCUGGCGCGUCAAGCCGGCGACGGCGCCAUCGCGCUAGCAGAACGCAUGGUCGGCCGUGAACUCGACGGCGCUCCCCUACCCGGGCUUCAAUCCGCCACCAUCACGGGCACCAACGAUCCGCGCAACGCCUUCCUGUUCGCCGACGAUGCCGAUGGCCUCGUCUGCCCGAUCGGCGCGCAUAUCCGCCGCGUCAAUCCGCGUAGCGUCGACGAUCCGCAUGGGCGCCACGGCUUCCUACGCAAUCUCAUCUCCGCGCUCGGCUUCAGCGGCACCGCGAUGCACGAUGCCGUCGCCUCCGCCCGCUUCCAUCGCCUCUCCCGUCGUGGCCGCCCCUACGGCCCGGUGAUUGUGCCGCAAGCCGCUAUGCAGGGUACGGGCGCCGGCCAGGAAACCGGCCUGCAUUUCCUCUGCCUCAACACCAACAUCGCCCGCCAGUUCGAGUUCGUCCAGGGCGCCUGGGUCGCCAGCGCCAAAUUCGCCGGCCUCGCCGCCGAGCAGGACCCGCUGCUCGGCAACCGUCUGCCACUCGCCGGCGCGCAGCCGACCGAUGCCUUCAGCUACACGGAUUCCGGCGCAUGUCCCCGUACGAUCAGCGGCCUCCCGCAAUUCGUCACCGUGCGCGGCGGCGCCUAUUUCUUCAUGCCCGGCCUGCGCGGCCUGGCGCAAUUAUUGGCAGAUGGCUGAUGGGCGGUUGACGGCCUCUGUCUACCCCUUCGAAGAGACCGCGAGUCUUGGAACCUGCUAAUGAGGCAGCAGAUCUAUCAGAAAUAGAUACAACUCCGCUAGAGCCAAUGCGAGGCGGGCGUGAUCUCCAUAUUGCAGGUGGCGUAUUCUAAUAGACGGGAUGAUUAGCGGGUAUCUGGGCAGCCCUGGAGCCACGUGCCGUAAUUGGAGGGACUAAAUUCUUGCUUGCAUAAUUCAACAUAUCUUUGCGGUUCUCAUC